AAAUUUUGAUUAUAACUAAAUCAAUAAAAAAAAAAAUGGCAAAACCUGUUGUCUCCUAUUGUCUCCUCUCAUGUAUAUUUGCCUUGCUUGUUGUGAGUUUCGCUUCAGCAGAGAAAGAUGAUCAAGACAAACAGCUUGGCCAAUGAAUGCAUCAACUUCUCCGUUUAACGAGUUGGCCGAGUUUUCUUACGGAGCGGGCCAUGUCGAUCCCUUAGCUGCAAUUCAUCCUGGACUAGUCUAUGAAGCUAAUAAAUCCGACCAUAUCGCCUUUCUCUGCGGCUUGAACUACACUGGAAAGAAACUAAGGCUCAUCUCCGGUGAUAGCAGCAGUUGCACUAAAGAACAGACUAAAUCGCUACCUCGAAACUUAAACUAUCCUUCAAUGACUGCUCAAGUAUCGGCGGCAAAACCGUUCAAAGUGAAUUUCCGUAGAACAGUCACUAACGUCGGUAGGCCUAACGCUACAUACAAAGCAAAGGUAGUCGGAUCUAAGCUCAAAGUCAAGGUUAUUCCAGACGUCUUGUCUUUUUCUUCAUUGUAUGAGAAGAAGUCCUUCACGGUAACCGUUUCAGGCGCCGGUCCCAAAGCUAAAAAGCUUGUGUCUGCACAGCUGAUCUGGUCUGAUGGUGUCCACUUUGUGAGAAGCCCCAUUGUUGUUUAUACUAACUGAUGAGUCAGAACCAGUUAAUGUUUCUAUAUGUUAUUUUCAGUUAUGAAUUUAUGAUAGUUAAUUCUUACUGCUCAUGCUACGUUGUUUUGAAUGUUUCCGAUUCCUCCACCCAUUUUAGUUAUAAGCGUCAAAUCUAAUAUUUUGCUUGUUCUACUAAAAACCUUGUUGGUUC